AACAGUUCGUCACACUUGUCUCACUGUCACACAUGCUUCGUUCAACUUUAGCAGUUACACAUAUAAGCGGUUCAGUAGCUUUCCUUACCUGAAAACAAGGGGAAGCAAGGAAGAAAUUCUCUCUCUCUCCCGUUCUUCUCGCAAUUUCUGCGAGAAUUUUUGUUUAAUCGAAGUAAAGCAAAGAUGAAUCCCCGCCAUGAUCCGAACCCCUUUGAAGAAGAGGAAGAAGAAGUCAAUCCGUUCUCGAAAGCUUCUGCGCCUCCGUCAAAGCCACGAAUACCUUCAUUAUUACCUCAAUCCCUGGGUUUUGGCAACAAACAUGAUGCAACUGUUGACAUACCGCUGGAUACAAUGAGUGAUACCAAGACAAAAGCAAAAGAACUUGCUGCAUGGGAUGCAGAUUUGCAGAGGAGAGAAAGGGACAUAAAGCGACGAGAAGAUGCUGUUGGCAGAGCGGGCAUCCCCACUAAUGACAAAAACUGGCCUCCAUUCUUUCCAAUUAUUCAUCAUGACAUAGCAAAUGAGAUUCCAAUCCAUGCUCAGAGGUUGCAGUAUCUGGCUUUUGCAAGUUGGUUAGGUAUAGUUCUUUGCCUUAUAUUCAAUAUUAUUGCUGUGACUGUCAACUGGAUUAAAGGUGGAGGUGUUACAAUCUUUUUCCUCGCAAUAAUCUACGCUGUAAUGGGAUGCCCCCUUUCGUAUGUACUGUGGUACAGGCCUCUCUAUCGUGGAAUGAGGACUGACAGUGCACUGAAUUUCACUUGGUUUUUCCUUUUCUACUUGCUCCAUGUAAUCUUCUGUAUAUUUGCUGCUAUAGCUCCUCCAGUUGUCUUCCGUGGGGAGUCAUUGGCGGGUAUCCUUGCAGCAAUCGAUGUCUUCCGUACCAGUGUACUGGCUGGGAUAUUUUACAUCACUGGGUUUGCACUCUUCUGUAUAGAGUCACUUAUAAGCUUGUGGGUACUGCAGAAAGUUUACAUGUACUUCAGAGGACACAAGUGAAACCUGACGCUGGCUGAGUGUGAGGACAUUCUAUAUACUGCUUCUUGAGAUCGAAUAUUCUUUCUUUCUUUCUUUCUUUUUUUCUUUUUCUUGGUGGGGGAGCGGGGUUGCAGGCUCUUUCUUUGUCAUAGUUCCUAUUUGAUGAGUUGUUGAUACACUGAUUGGUAGAUAUGUAGAUUUUUCUAUUUCUAGUCAUUUGCUCAUUUCAGAUCCAUCA